CCUUAUCAGUCUCAGUGAUCGUUCCCCUCCAGAGAACUCUCUUAAAAAACGUUGCCAAACCUAUCGGCCCCCUCGAUCUUCAAUGUUUCCCAAUCCCAUCCGCUUCCUGAAGACAUGCAGCAAUCUUUAUUUUGAUCAAGUCGGAAAUUCUCAUGAAAAGAUGUCUUCGUCGACAUCAUCAGUGGAAUCAGUGGAAGAUGAAAGUUGUUCAAACGAGUGUUCAGCCUCAUUCACCUUCGACACCAACAACAAUAGUCGAGGGAACAACCAGGUGAACGAGCUUGCCGAGGAAACUCACAUGAAACUCAGCAUCACACCAACCCGCGAAUCCUUCUCGCUGAGCCAGUUGGAGCGUAUUAUAACGAUUGGAAAAGGAACAUUCGGGCGGGUUGAGCUGGCUCGGGACAAAAUCACCGGAGCACAUUAUGCACUGAAAGUGCUCAACAUUCGGCGUGUCGUCGACAUGCGUCAAACUCAACAUGUUCAUAAUGAAAAACGGGUUCUUCUUCAGUUAAAACAUCCGUUUAUUGUAAAAAUGUAUGCCAGUGAAAAAGAUAGUAAUCAUUUGUACAUGAUCAUGGAAUUUGUGCCAGGAGGUGAAAUGUUCUCUUAUCUCAGAGCAUCACGAUCAUUCUCGAAUUCGAUGGCUCGUUUUUAUGCAUCAGAAAUUGUUUGUGCUCUGGAAUACAUUCACUCAUUGGGAAUUGUGUAUCGAGAUUUAAAGCCAGAGAAUCUCAUGCUCAGCAAAGAAGGGCAUAUCAAAAUGGCUGAUUUCGGAUUUGCAAAAGAACUUAGAGAUCGAACAUACACGAUUUGUGGAACUCCAGAUUAUCUGGCUCCGGAAUCACUGGCCAGGACAGGCCACAACAAAGGUGUUGAUUGGUGGGCUCUAGGCAUUCUUAUCUACGAGAUGAUGGUCGGAAAGCCCCCAUUCCGUGGAAAGACGACAUCAGAAAUCUAUGAUGCUAUCAUUGAGCACAAGCUCAAGUUCCCAAGAAGCUUUAAUCUUGCCGCAAAAGAUCUCGUUAAAAAAUUACUGGAAGUAGAUAGAACUCAACGCAUCGGAUGUAUGAAGAAUGGUACUCAAGAUGUGAAAGACCAUAAAUGGUUUGAGAAAGUCAACUGGGAUGAUACGCUUCAUCUCCGUGUUGAGCCUCCAAUUGUACCUACAUUGUAUCAUCCAGGAGAUACGGGAAACUUCGAUGACUAUGAAGAAGACACUACCGGUGGACCAUUGUGUAGUCAACGUGAUCGCGAUCUUUUCGCCGAAUGGUGAACGAAUUUUUUGAAUCAAAGCACUGAUGAAACGUAGCAUUCCUUUUCUUGUCCUUAUGGUGUAUAGCUCCCCCUUGUAAUUUACCUUUGUUGUUUCUAUUUUCAAUUUCUGCGCCUGUCUCUCUCCCUGUGCAUUUUGUGAAUUCAAAAACCCAUGAUUUUUCUCUCUCAAUUCUCUCAAUUGUUCCUCUGUCCAUUCUGAAUUGAUAAAAUUAACUUUUAUUAUUUUCUUGCAAAGAUUAGCACAUUAUGAAUAAACACUUAAUUUUG